UACAGACCUAAUUAAAGAAUAGCACAAUUCCAAAAUACUAGGAAUGUUUCGAUACUAGGAAUGUUGCAAUACUAGGAAUGUUUCGAUACUAGGAAUUUUUCAAAACUAGGAAUGUUUCAAUAUGAUGAUAACGUGAAAACAAGUUUGAGUAGUACGCGGCAUUACUACAUAAAACCAUAAUAGUGAAUGUACCAGUACAAUUCAACCAACGUCAGAAAUGAAUGGUAUUUCGUCAAGUAAGGGAAAUGGUAAUGUCAUUUGGGAAUCAACGGAGGACAAUAUGCAUGCGCCAAUGAAAGAUGAUCACAUGGACGAAACACAAAGAGAGGACACCCCGCUUGCAUUUUGCAGAAUCGUUGCAAAUUAUCCCCGGGCAUCAUUUGUUGUGGCAUUAUGUGGGCAUCUAUCCUUCGUGUUAAUACUAGUGAUUCUGAUAGUGGCCGGUCAACCAGUGUUCCCGGUAAAUUUCCAGACAAUGCCAUUGACAUUAGACAUACCGGAGCGCUUGAGGUGGUUAGCCUGGGAGCUCCGAAAUGAAGAUCGCAGUGCCGUGAUUCGCAGAUGGACGACUGACUCCAUUGAACCAUGGUGGACACGUGGUAGAGUUGUCGAUCGUCUAGAAUUGUUUUACGACUUCCCAGAUGGAAAUGUGUUUACUCCGGAUAACCUCAAACGUAUUGAAAGUAUUGAAACAGAGAUUUUUAAACAAGUUGAUUACCAGAAGAUAUACUGUCAUUAUAGAGCGCCAUCUAUAUCAAACUGUUCUAAAGCUAUGUCAAUACUAAGAUACUUUGACGGAACGUAUUCUGAUAUUAACCCUAUUUUUAAUGAUCCAUCUUUCUCGAAUAUCCCAAUGGUCCUAUCGACCGUCCAAUCUACUCCGGAAUUAGCAUCGGGGCUAGACUAUUACUUAUCCAAGAAUGCAAGGAUAUCUAAUACCUCAGCAUAUAGCGAUGUGACACGCUCUGGAUUUCUAUUUGGUUUCCCUUUAGAGGCAGUCACUCCUGGUGAGAGCGAAGAUCAAAUGAGGACAAGGAUAGAACAAUUCAUUGUAAAUACCAUUCAGCCUCGGCUACAUGAGUUACGUGAUACAACAGCCAAGCCAAUGCGGUUGGUGUAUAUAAGUUUAUUGGGAUGGGUACAUGACACAUCGGUCCAGGCUCUCUAUGAUAUGAUGUUCGCAAUCGGAAGCUUCGUUUUCAUUUUCUGUUUCAUUUGGGUGCAGACACGAUCCCUUUGGGUGACCGGCUGGGCUGUGUUCAGCGUCCUCACCAGCUUUGUAUGCACCAUUAUCGUUUACACAAUGGUACUGAGGUUCAGAUAUGUUGGAUACUUUCAUAUGAUUUCGAUUUAUAUUAUUCUCGGGAUUGGAGCGGAUGAUUUCUUUGUGUUUGUUAACACAUGGCAAGCCACUGGGCUCGAGAAUCACUCUAGUUUGGCGCAUCGAUUAUCGGUUUGCUACAAAAGAGCAGCUGGAACUAUGUUCUUCACAUCACUGACGACCUCAAUGGCGUUUUUCUCCAGUGGGUUCUCCCCACUAUUAGGCAUCAACUCAUUUGGGAUCUUCGCUGGGACUUUAGUAGCUGUUAACUACGUAUCAGUGAUUGUAUUCUUUCCAACUGUAGUAUGCAUGCAUCAUAUUUACUUUGAGAAAACGUGUUGUUGUGGGCCAUGUAUUUGCUCUAACAAGAAGGAAACAAGUUCGGAUGAAAAACCAACGAAAUCAAGUACUACAAACCUUAUUCUUGAGGAUAACAAGGAACGGGAGAAAAAAGCUCAUCCUGUCGUUCGUUUUUUUGCUGGACCAUACUUUAGGUUCAUUACGCACCCUGUUAUACGGUGGGUUAUACUUGCCGUAUUUGGGGUCAUUAUUGCAGUGUUUGCUUAUUUCGUAUCAACCUUGGAACCAGAUUCGGAGAUGUUUAAAAUCUAUCGGGUCGAAACCAACUAUGGAAGGGCGGAUUAUCUGGCUAAUGACGUCAUGCAACCUACCCAAGAGAGCGGAGAUUACGUUGAUGUUUACUUGGUAUGGGGCCUGAAGCAACGUGACGUCAGCGGAUGCGCAUUCAGCGAGGUUAACUGCGACGGGAAGCAAGUUUGGAAUGAUGGGUUCGACAUGAACACUCCACCAGCUCAACUUGCGAUGAAUAGGCUUUGUGAGGGGCUCAUAAACAUGAAUCAAAGCGAUGUAGAAAGACUUCAUAUACGAAUCAACUCAAUCACUAACAAGCCAGAGAUCUCCUGCUUUAUCCUUCCUUUCCAAGAAUUCCUCCUGAAUGAAGAAAAGCUUGUCCCAACUCUAGCCCCAGGACUGCCCCAAGACCUCAGGUUCCCACUGACAGAGAAGAACAUGUUGCCAUUCAUGCUGGCAAAUCCUCAUCUGUAUGAUGUACAAGGCUUGGAGAAAGACUUCUAUAGAUAUUAUGAGAUUGGUCUGAGCUAUUGGAUGUCUAACGCCUACCAGCUGAACAUCACAAAGGAUUACCUUACUUACAAUGAGUUGAUAGGUGAAGCGAAUGACCCACCGCACACAAGACCAAUAGCAUUCAACAUACCGGGAUUGCCCCAACAGCCCAUCUACGGGACAAAGUUGCGCUAUGUAGCCAUACGAAUUAACACAACGAUGAGUGCCAGCGGUGUGGGCUACGCUGAGGGUAUUCCCAUAAUGGAGGACUGGGAGAAAUACACGCAGACGCAGAUGUCUCAGAUGCCUGCUCAUCUACGUGAUGGAUUUCAGACAUCCUCUUUCUGGCACUGGUUGCGAAUGCAGGAAAGUCUUGUUACAAACGCUCUGACUGGGAUUAUGAUAGGUAUAUCUAUUGCAUUCCCUAUACUUGUCCUGGCCACGAUGAACAUAUUGGUGGGCCUCUGCGCCACUCUCAACCUUGUCUGUAUCACAGUGUGUGUUGUGGGCGUUAUUCCAAUGGCGGGUUGGAAAUUAGGGGUUCUGGUAUCAAUGAACCUGUGUUUGGUAGUCGGCCUUUCCGUUGACUAUGUAGUACAUUUAGCAGAAGCAUACCACCUGUCCAAACAAAAGGAUCGUUUGGGACGCUUAAAAGACGCUCUUGAGUCCAUCGCUAUCUCAAUACUCUGGGGAGCGUGUACAACAUUAGGUGCGGCGGUCUUCAUGUGUUUUGGACAGAUCCACUUUUUUCUACAAUUUGGAAUAUUCAUGUUCAGUACAAUUGGAUUUUCACUGAUAUUUUCACUUGGAUUUUUUGCAACAUUCCUUGGUAUAUUUGGUCCCGAGAAUGACACUGGAUCUUUGAUACCCGUUGGACAGGCGUUCAGGAAUUGGGCGUCUGGACGUAAGGAAUCUGAUAUUGAAUGGACAGAAUACAAAAGAGCUGUUUCUGCCAAAGACCCUAAAGCUGACUACGACGUAGACAAUACGCAUAUGUGAGAAUGUACCAAGAUGACAAUAAAAUAGAGCUAUAUAUCUAGUCGUGAUUCAUGCCACGUAUUAGAUCAAGAUAGGGUAAUUUUGAGAGUAAAUGAAAUAAUCCAUGUCAUCCGAGUGAAACAUAUUCGAGUCUAUCUUUCUCUAAAUUACACACUAUCUGUGUCUGCUAAAUGACUCAGGUCGAUCAAUUUGAGUAUAUGAAAGUUAUUGAUGGUGUAAACAGGGGUCUAUUUUAAUGGUACCUAAAAA